AAAGGCUACCAGAAGAAAAUCCAGAGACCUUAUUCACGGUGGAAGUGUUUCAGUUUGCUAUUUUUGCGCGAACGAUUACUCGAUCGGAGGAGGAAGUUUCACAGUGGAGACGACAACUGAAAGAUUUCAAUUCGGAGAAGAGAACCAAGGUAACUAAGGCGGAAAUGGCUUCCAUGGAGGGUCUGGUGCCUAUAACCAGGCAUUUCCUAGCUUCGUAUUACGAUAAGUAUACAUUUACGCCUCUCUCGGAUGACGUCUCUCGCCUUUCCACUGAGAUGCUCGCCAUGGCGAACAGUUUGCUCGAUGAACUCCCGCCUACUUCAGAGGAAAGCACCCUACUUGAUGAAGCAAAACGUCAUCCUCCUCAUAAAAUUGAUGAGAAUAUGUGGAAGAAUCGGGAAAAUGUGGAGGAAAUUUUGCUUCUGCUUGAAAAAUCUCAUUGGCCUCAAGAGGUUCAGCAGCAGUCUGCAACUGGUGAAUCCGAACUUGAUAUUAUUCUAGGAAAGCUAGAAGAAAAAUUCCGGAAUUCCUUAAACAUGUUGGCAGUUUUCCAAGCUAAAAAUUCUGAGAAUGUGUUCAACACAGUUAUGACCUACAUGCCUCAAGAUUUUCGAGGAACAAUAAUUAGACAGCAAAGAGAGCGAUCAGAGAGGAAUAAGCAAGCAGAGGUUGAUGCUCUGAUUAAUUCUGGAGGAAGUAUACGUGAUCGAUAUGUUCUCUUAUGGAAGCAACAGAUGGAAAGGAGGAGACAGUUAGCACAGCUGGGUUCUGCAACAGGUGUCUACAAAACCCUUGUGAAAUAUUUGGUUGGAGUUCCAGAGGUAUUACUAGAAUUCAUUCGACGACUAAAUGAUGAUGAUGGGCCAAUGGAAGAACAACGACAGCGCUAUGGACCACCUUUGUAUAACCUUACAACAAUGGUCCUCCUUAUUCGACUCUGUAUUUCAUUAUCAUGGAGACGUUUUGAUGCUAGGAAACUAAGCGAGCAUCUAGCCAUUUUGGAGCAAGCUGUUGAUGUGUACACCUCUGAGCUUGAGAGGUUCCUCGGGUUCAUUCGGGAGGUCUUCAACAAUUCUCCAUUCUUUAUUUCAGCAGAUGUGGCUGGUGCAGCAGAUGUGAGGAAUAAUGAGAGCUACAAAGAGAUUAGUGUUCUAGCUGGGAAGACCUAUGAGGUUUCAUUAAGUGUGGAGUCAAUCAAUUCAUAUAUUGCCUGGGAUUUCUCACUGGUUCAAGGCAAGAUGAAUAUGGAUAUUGGAUUCAGUGUGGAGUAUGAAAGUCCUGGAGGGGAAAAGACUUUGAUAUUGCCUCACAAACGGUACGAGUCCGAUCAAGGAAACUUCUGCACUUGCAUGGCUGGAGACUACAAGCUGAUUUGGGACAAUACAUAUUCAACUUUUUUUAAGAAGGUUUUGCGCUACAAGGUCGACUGCAUACCUCCGGUCGCAGAGCCGGUGCAACCCACCACCGAAGGUUGAGUGUGCCUCCACAGCAGCCUCAACAAAUUGUAGACGAUUUUUUAGGUUGUAACAUACAUUCAUAUCGAAGUUUGUUAUUGCAUUGAGGUCAUAUUAGAAUUUGCUGCUAGAGAAAUCCUGUAAACAAUGCAAUUAACCGAAAAAAGCAUUCACUGUAAUUAUGGAAAUAUGUUAUUUUCUUAA